CUGAGGUCGGUGGAGCAUUCAGGGUUCCGGCUCUCAGUGAUUGGGUAGAAGGCUUGUAUAGGGAGCCGCACAGUCGGCUUCUAGUGACCGGGACGAGGCUGCCGGACUCAGAAUAGGGGUUAUUAGGAGACAGGAAGAUGCCGGAUGUACAGAAGCCAUACUGGAACCUCUGGUCUGUUAUACAGGAGACAAGAUGGCGCCAGGUUCCUACAAUAUAGGAUCCGCUCAGUGGAGAUCUUCUAUAUAAGAUUCUUCUCCUGAUUGACCCGUCAAGGAUGGAUAAGGACAGAGACAAGAUGGUGGAGAGUAUAAUAAAUCUUACCCUACAGAUCCUCUUCCGGCUUACUGGAGAGGACUACACAGUAGUGAAGAAGACCUCUAGUGAGCGCUGUCAGGUCCCUGUCUCUGAAGGAUUGGGAAAAACCCUGAGCCCAAUCAUGGGGCCUCCACCUCAUCCCCAGAUACAUGAGGAAAUCAAUAGAGAGAAGAUCCUAGAACUCACCAACAAGAUGAUUGAGCUGCUGACUGGAGAGGUUCCUAUAAGGUGUCAGGAUGUCACUGUCUAUUUCUCCAUGGAGGAGUGGGAGUAUUUAGAAGGACACAAAGAUCUGUACAAGGACGUCAUGAUGGAGGAUCACUGGCCUCUCACAUCACCAGGUAAUAGACCUGACUAAAUACACACGUCCUCCCAUUAUUUGUAUGUAAGCAAUGAAUUCCGUCACUGGACGUGUUUCCUACAGUUAAGGAAGAGACAAGAACACCAGAGAGAUGUCCCAUUCCUCUUCUU